AGAGUGGAAAUAACUUGAGAGUGGGGGAAACGCAUUUGAAAGAAGAGUAUACAACUGAAAAGAGAAAAUAGCGUGGAAAGUAAAACAAUACUGCAACCGAGAGAGAGUAUGGAGGAUCCAACUGCAGGCAACUGGACCAGUGACACUUCACCACAAACUACAGAGAGUGCUGGGGCAAUGCAAAGUCCUAAUGUCCCUGCGGUGCCAAAUUCACCCAAGUCACAGCACCUAACAUUCAAUCCAGUUGUUCAGGAACGCCAGGUACAAUUGGAGGUGCAAACAGCAGCGCCAGAACCAGUGGCAACGACAACUCCUCACUUUACCAGGAUUGCACCAAGUGUACCGCAGCAAAGUCCACAGCAGGUGAGGAAAACAUCGGUCCCUACUUCAGCUGAAGGGAGAAAGGUUGAAGGCAAAACUCAUCAUAUACUGCAAGAAGCUACAAGAAUCCCAGUGGCGGUACAGGUUAACUCCACAACAUCUACAGCCUCGUCUGAGAUGUGGAUUCUCAGGAGAGAACUUAAAGCUUUGGGAGCCACACAGAUAUUGGUUGGCAUUAUCCAGCUUAUCUUCGGCGUCCCUCUCUCUGUUUCUCUGGUUUAUUCAGUUGCGGGAAGAUCUGGCGUAGCUUUUUGGACUGGAAUUUGGUAUAUUAUUUCAGGAUCCUUCACCGUUGAGCUGAAGAGGAAGCCAACUAGAUUUAUUACAUCAACGUUUUCUUUAACAAUAGCUCUCCUGCUGUUCACCGUGUUGGAGAUGGCCAUUGCAGUUAUCAUUGUUUUUUAUAACUACAAGAGCUUAUAUCACUUUCAGAAUGCUUACACUGCCUUGGUGAAGGUUGUAUUUGCAUCAAAUGUUAUCAGUGCAGUCAUGGCAGGACUAGGGAUUAUUGCAUAUUCCAUGUCCCUGUAUUAUCCAUUGGUUUAUUAUGAUUUUUACCAUGGAGCACGCCGGCCAAUGGCCCCGGUCAGCUUUGUGAUCCUGUUACAGUUGUUCACUGUGACUGAGUUGGUGAUGGCUAUUGCAUGCGCCAUGAUCAUUGGCAGGAACCUAUUCCGGUGCUGUAACCUCAACUCUGUAUCGGUGAUGUCCUCUAUACUUGAUGCGUGCUCUCCUUCCAAUUUACUGCGCAAUGAUCGACGACGCCUGAGACAUUUUGGUGUAAGCCGAUUCCCUCCCUCUUUGUGUUACAUAUACUUGCAACAUUUUAGUGUACAAUCCUGGAACCAGUCUCCACUGACCCUGGUAUUGUCCCCCAUCGAGGCUCUGAGCUCCCAGUCAAAGGACUGA